AUGCGCCACUUCGACACCUGGAUCCUCCGCGACCCCUACUCCAUCUUCCACUACUAUCCCACAGGCAAACGAUGGCCAGAAACCAUUCGCGAAUUGAUUCAAUCUCGUCAAAUAUGCAGUCCCCCAUCUACAUCCACAUCCUCCAACGACAACAUCAUACCAUCCGCAGCAGCAGACAGCACCUCCCAACCAACAAGCAGCUUUUUCCAACGUCUGCCCCCAGAAAUCCGCCUCAUGAUCUACGCCUACGUCUUCAACGACUCCCCCAACACCAGUCCCAACCACCCCAAUGACACCACCACUACUACAAACACAACCAUCCACCUGGUCCAAAUCCGCAACAAAAUCCAUCACGUCCGAUGCACACACCCCUCCCCACUCGACAAACACCGCCAAUGCUGUCCCCAAACCAUGGCCCGAUGGCGCACCUCUCCCACCACGAUCCCCAAACCCAUCAUCACCACAAACCCUCCCAAAGGAACAAAUCAAGCAAAGCAACACGACACAAACAGCACCCUCUACCCACACACGCACCCCUCCCUCCCUACCACCCUCUCUCGCAACACCACCUCCCCGCUCCUAACCUGCCGAGCAAUGUACCUCGAGUCCGCCCCCCUCCUCUACACCCUCACCACGAUCGACACAGACGACCUCUACACCUUCCUCUCAUUCAUCAACACCAUCUCCCCCCAUCUCCGGAAAUACAUCAAGUCCCUCACCGUGCAAUACACUCCGAUCUGGCAGCCCAUGGCGGGCCAGGAGUAUCCGUUCUCGGUGUACACGCAUACGCACAAUGAUAUGCUCUGGGGUGGGUUCUGGGAUGCCGUGGCGAGGAAGUGUCCCGGGUUGGAGAGGGUCAGGUUAGGGCUGGAUUUGGGGACCGUGUUUGCGGUUAAUAACCUUGUAGGAGGAGGUGGGGGAAUGUCGGUGACCGGGGGGAAUAUGGUUAGUUUUGGGACCGAGGAGGAGUGGGUGAGGCCGUUGUUACAGGUACGGGGGCUGAAGGGGUUUGAGUUGGGGGUGAUGGUUAGGUGUGAUCGCUUGGCGAGACGGGUGUUGGAGAAUGGAUUGGUGAGGGAUGUGCAGGUGCUUAGGGAGAGGUUGGUCGAGGUGAUGUGUCGGGAGAGGGAUGAUGGAGAGGAGGAGGAUGUGGUGGUGGGUGAGAGGGGGAGGUUGGCUAUUAUGGCUGCUUGA